AUGCGCGCUCGCUUCGUUCUCAAGUGGGCAGCUGAUGGGAAAGGUGGCCUCAAGGCCAAGGCAAGACUGGUUCUUCAGGGAUUUGCUGAUCCCGACCUGCUGCAAGGUCAACUCGACACUUCAUCACCCACUUUGUCAAGGAGCUCUCGCCAGGUGAUCAUCGCCAUCUCCGAGGUGCUUUCCUGGGAGCGCUGGACUGCCGACGUUGCAACGGCAUUCCUUCAGGGUGAUCCUCAGCAGAGGAUCUUGUGGGCCCGGAUCCCCAAAGACGCUUGCGAGUUGAUCGGCGUUCCUCCGGGCACCCUCAUGCGCCUGAUCAAGCCCCUCUACGGACAGGCUGAUGCUCCAAGGCAGAGAAACAAUGAGAGCCAAGGAGGCUAUUUGGUCCUUCUUUGCAACAAGGCCGUGCUCGAUGACACCUCCGACCACGACUAUAUCAUCCUGGAUUGGAGGAGCUUCAAACUACCAAGGGUCAGCAGAUCCUCGCUGAAUGCUGUGAGUCAAGCUUGCUCAGCAGCCAUGGACGCCUUGGAGUACCUCCUCAUCUUCUGGGAAGGAUGCUUGAAGCACGACUUCCAGCUUCGACAGGUCAACGAGCUGAAGCCCUCUCUCUCCUCAGCUCUGGUGGUAGACGCCAAAGCCCUCUACGACAGCCUCAAAGCCGAGACACCCAGUCUCCAAGGAGACAAGCGGACGAAGAUCGAGGUCAUGGUCACAAAGCAGAAGAUGCUCUGCAUGGACACGAAGCUGCGCUGGGUUAGCUCAGAGAUCCAGCUAGCUGACGGAGUCACCAAAUCCUCAGCAAGGCAGCUGUUCGCCGACCGGUUGAGGAGUCACCAAAUCUCCCUUCGAUCAGACAUGACCUUCCAGGCCGCCAAGAAGAAGACUCUGGCUGAACGGCAGGCCAAUGCUCGCAAACAUGCGAUCAGUCGAUCAGGGAAUCGGCACAGCCUGGCCUACAUAAUCCUCAUCUCGCAGAUGAUGAUGGUGCAAGCCAUGCAGCCUAGCUUCGAGAUGGCCCUGGACUUCGCCUUCUCUCCUGAGAUGACCCUCACUCUCUUCAUCCUAUUGAUGACCAUGGCGGAGACUGCCCUCGAAAAGAAUGUGUUUGGCCUCCUCAAGAUGGAGAUCACACGAUUUCAACAAGACCUACGAGAUUCAGAUGCCUACAACGCCCAGCUCAAAGACCAGCUCGACGCGCUGGAGGGCGAGAACAACGAAUUGGAGAAAGAAAUGGACGCCCUCACCCUGAUGCGGGACUACCUGUCCGGUGACAUCGGGAAGCUCGACGGCAAAUACAAAGAUGUAAGAAUCAAAUGGCAAAUUGCCUAUGACAAGCUGGAAGCCAUCAAGUACGAGCUUGAUCGCAACCCAGUGCCGAGGUCAGUGUGGACUACAAGAACAGGCAACAAGUACCACAUGGGCCGAUGA